CGGGACAUGACGACACGAGGGACCCUGGAGUCAUUUAAAAGGUCACCUUUCUGCUUGAUCUUCUUCGUCCAGCCUAGAAAAAAUAGAAAGCAUUUCUUCAUACGGUCAUAUUUCCUCCCUGGGCUCUGUAAUAAUCGUUGUCUUGUCCCAGGCACGCUCGUGCAAAUAUUUGAGUGAAAUCAUCCACCACCAGACCGGCCGGCGCGAAGAUGGCCCCCACGAAGAGAGACCGGGGCAUCCGGAUUGCCAUUGACCGCGGAGGGACAUUUACCGACUGCGUCGGGAAUUUUGGCGGCGAAGACCUCGUCAUCAAACUACUGUCCGAGGACCCGGGGAAUUACCAGGAUGCUCCCCUCGAGGGGAUCCGUCGCAUCAUGUCCCACUUUCUCGGACGAGAGAUACCCCGCGGAGAGCCUCUGGACACCUCCAGGAUCGACUCCAUCCGGAUGGGCACGACCGUCGCCACGAAUGCGCUGCUGGAAAGGAAGGGCGAGAAGAUCGCCAUGGUGGUCAGCAAGGGCUUCAAGGACUGUCUGGUGAUCGGGAACCAGUCCCGGCCCAAGAUCUUCGACCUGGCCAUCCACAAGCCGGACGUGCUCUACUCCGCCGUCGUCGAGGUCGACGAGCGCGUCACCCUCGAGGACUACGCCGAGGAUCCGCAGAGGCACGUCACCAAGGCCGAGGUCCGGGCCGGGACCGACGAGGCAAGGAGCCACGACCUGGUCAUGGGCCUCUCGGGAGAAGCCGUGCGCAUCCUGAAGCGGCCGGCGGAGGAGGCCAUCCGGGCGCAGCUGCAGGAGAUCUACGACGGCGGCAUCAAGAGCGUGGCCGUGUGUCUGAUGCACGGCUACACCUUCCCGGACCACGAGGCCCUGGUCGGCAAGGUCGCCAGGGAGAUUGGCUUCCAGCACAUCUCGCUCAGCCACGAGCUGAUGCCGAUGAUCAAGCUGGUCUCGCGCGCGACCUCGGUCUGCGCUGAUGCGUACCUGACGCCCGCCAUCAAGAAGUACAUCUCGGGCUUUCAGCAGGGCUUCAAGGGCGGCCUGGGGACGAGGAGCGUCAAGCAGGAGGAGGGCAGCCGAGGCGCCCGUUGUGAGUUCAUGCAGAGCGACGGCGGCCUGGUUGAUGUGGAGAAGUUCACUGGUCUGAAGGCCAUCCUAUCCGGGCCGGCAGGGGGCGUCGUGGGAUAUGCCAUCACCUCGUACGACGAGAACACACGGAUCCCGAUUAUCGGCUUCGAUAUGGGCGGCACCAGCACCGACGUGUCCCGUUACGGCGAGGGCCGAUACGAUCAUACCUUCGAAACGACUACGGCCGGGGUCACGAUACAGUCUCCACAACUGGAUAUUAACACCGUCGCGGCCGGCGGCGGAUCCAUGCUGUUUUUCCGCAACGGACUGUUCGUGGUAGGCCCCGAGUCGGCCGGAGCCCAUCCCGGCCCGGCAUGCUACCGGAAAGGCGGGCCGGCGACAGUCACGGAUGCCAACCUCGUUCUCGGCCGUCUGCUGCCCGAGUUCUUCCCCAAGAUCUUCGGCAAGAACGAAGACGAGGGGCUGGAUGUCGAGGCCAGCAAGAAGGUCCUCCAGGAGCUGGCUGAUCAAAUCAGCCGGGAGACUGGAAAGGACAUGGACGUUGACGAAGUCGCGUACGGCUUCUUGACUGUAGCCAACGAGACGAUGACCCGGCCUAUCCGAAGCAUCACCGAGGCAAAGGGUCACGACUCGUCGAAGCACAGGCUGGCGACAUUUGGUGGCGCGGGCGGGCAGCACGCCGUCGCCAUCGCCGAGUCAUUGGGCAUCAAGCAGAUCCUGAUCCACAGAUACUCCUCCGUGCUGUCGGCUUACGGGAUGGCAUUGGCCGACGUGGUCGACGAGAGACAGGAACCCGACUCGAAAGUCUGGGAGGAUGAAGGCCAAGUUGUCGACGAGCUGAAGGACAAGAUGGAGAAGCUCAAGAAUAAGUCCCGCCAAGCGCUGAGAGACCAGGGUUUCGAGGAUAGCGAUAUCGUCUUUGAGGAGUACCUGAACAUGAGAUAUCGAGGCACAGAGUCCGCCUUGAUGAUAAUCAAGCCCAACGAGGACGACGCCAAGGAGUUCUUCGAUGGGAACCAGUGGGCCUUUGGGAAGGCAUUCGUUAAGCACCACCGCUACGAGUUUGGAUUCACCCUAGAGGACCGGGACAUCAUAGUUGACGACGUUCGGGUCCGCGGGAUCGGCAAGAGUUUCCGCUACGACGAGAAGACGGUCGAUGACCAGCUUAAGACGAUUAAACGCCGGUCGGUCCCAUCGGCGAAGAAGCACGCUGGCGCCGAGGUCUACUUCGAAGCAGGCCGCCUCGACACACCAGUUUACAAGCUUGGUGAUCUGGAUGUUGGCACGACAAUUUCCGGUCCAGCUGUUCUGGCUGACGGUACACAGACAAUUGUGGUGACUCCAAAAUCAACAGCUCUGGUUCUUGAGACGCAUGUCGUGAUUGAUAUCGAGAAGGAUAAUGGCGGCAAGGGAGAGUCCGAGUUGAAGGAGAGCGAGAGGGAGGUCGACCCCAUUAUGCUCAGCAUCUUUGGCCACCGGUUUAUGGCAAUCGCGGAACAGAUGGGCAGGGCGCUCCAGAAAACGAGCGUCAGCACCAACGUGAAGGAACGGUUGGACUUCUCCUGCGCCAUUUUUGAUGCGACUGGUGGCCUCGUUGCCAAUGCUCCUCAUCUACCAGUCCACUUAGGUUCAAUGUCAACAUGCGUCAAGCGCCAGGCAGAAAUCUGGAAGGACGAACUGAAGAAGGGAGACGUCAUCAUAUCGAACCAUCCCUCUUACGGAGGGACUCACCUGCCCGACAUCACCUUGUUGAUGCCGGCCUUCAACGAGGCGGGAGACGAGAUCCUGUUCUACGCCGCAUCCCGGGCUCACCAUGCCGACAUUGGUGGCAUCACCGCCGGAAGCAUGCCGCCUCACUCGCGCGAGCUCUACCAGGAGGGCGCGUCGAUCAAAAGCGAGAAGCUCGUCAGCGAGGGCAAAUUCGACGAGGAGAGAGUCGUGGAGCUGUUCUACAAGGAGCCCGCCGAGUACCCCGGGUGCAGUGGGACGCGGUGCCUGGCAGACAACAUCAACGACCUGCGCGCACAGGUCUCGGCGAACCAGAAGGGCAUCUCGUUGAUCGAGGGGCUGAUCAAGGAAUACGGCGAGGACACAGUUCAGUUCUACAUGGUCGCGAUCCAGAACAACGCCGAGCUGCAGGUGCGGAACCUCCUGAAGUCGGUGUCCAAGAGGUUCGAGGGCAAAGACCUCUCCGCCGUCGACUUCAUGGACGACGGUAGCCCCAUCAGGCUCAAGAUCACCAUAGACGCCGACAAGGGCGAGGCUGUCUUCGACUUUGAGGGCACCGGGCCUGAGGUCUACGGCAACAUCAACGCCCCCGAGGCGGUCUCGUACAGCGCCAUCAUCUACACGCUGCGCUGCAUGAUCUCGGAGGACAUCCCGCUGAACCAGGGCUGCCUGAAGCCCAUCACGGUCAAGAUCCCGCCCAAGAGCCUGCUCUCGCCGUCCGACGACGCCGCCGUGGUGGGCGGCAACGUUCUCACCAGCCAGCGGGUGACGGACGUCAUCUUCCGGGCGUUCGAGGCGUGCGCGGCCAGCCAGGGCGACUGCAACAACCUGACGUUCGGGUUCGGCGGCAACGUCACGGGCCAGGACGAGGUGAAAGGGUUCGGGUACUACGAGACCAUCGCGGGCGGGAGCGGUGCGGGGCCCGACUGGGAGGGCACCGACGGCGUGCACACGCACAUGACCAACACGCGCAUCACCGACUCGGAGGUGUUUGAGCGCCGGUACCCGAUCGUGCUGCGCGAGUUCUCCAUCCGGGAGGGGUCGGGCGGCCGCGGAAGGCACCGCGGCGGAGACGGCGUUAUUAGAGAUAUCGAGUUCCGCAUCCCCGUACAGGUGUCCAUCCUCAGCGAGAGGAGGGUUUACCGGCCGUACGGCCUCGCCGGCGGGGAGGACGCCGAGUGCGGCCUCAACCUCUGGGCCCGGAAGGUGCGGAAGGCGAGCUGGGAGUCGUCGCUGCGUAGCCUGAGAAAUGGCAGGCCGGGGGCGGCAGGGCGGGGAGGGGCUGCGGCGGACGAGAAGGAGGGGAAGGAGGAGGAGGAGGGUAACGGGUACGAGGAGAGGUUCAUCAACCUGGGCGCCAAGAACAGCGCCCCCAUGAAGGCGGGUGAUCGCAUCAUCAUCUGCACGCCCGGCGGUGGGGGUUGGGGUAAGGAGGGUGAGGAGAAGGCGAGUAGGAAGCGGGCCGACCCCAAGGGAGCGUGGAGGAUGGCGAGCUACGCCGCGAGGGAGGACGCAGCUUUGCAGGCGUGAUGUGGGGGAACAUCUGAUGACCUUUGGGGGGAGGGGGCUAUGGUUACUUCCUGGAAUAUAUCUAAUCUAUCUAAGUCUUGAUAUUAUCGGGCUCCCUCUCCCACCCUUCUCCAGACACUGACCACGAGGGGGCGGAUAAUCCCGAUAUUGGAGUAAAUCUCCAGCUUCUUCCAGCAUUUUCUAGGCUGUUU